AACCAUUAAAACACUAACCAACACUAACGCAAAACAUUGAAACCCUUCGCAUUAUUAUGGGUCGAUAUCUGAAGUGACGAGUGUGUAAUUUCAUCAGAAAACGUUUGAAUUUUAAGGCGUAAAACAUGUCUUCUUCACAUUCAAGUUCAAGCAAACCGAGCAAGUCCAAGAGCGAUACAGCAGUUGGCAAUCCGAAGAAAGACUGUGCUGUCAAGAACGGUCCUUCUGAUAAAGAGAUUAUGUUGGAGCAUGGGUUCUACCUGGGAAGGAAGAUUGGCUCAGGCAGUUACUCCAAGGUCAAGUUCGCCGUCACCAAAAACCAGUUUGAUAAGGUAGCGGUGAAGAUCAUAGAUCGCCGGCGAGCGCCGAGCGAUUAUCAAGAGAAAUUUCUACCGAGGGAACUGCAUGUGAUCAAGUUCUUGAAAACGGUCCACAUCAUCCGCACGUACGAUUGGUUCGAGGAAAACCAAAAGAUCUUCCAGAUCAUGGAAUUUGCCGAGGGCGGGGAUGUCCUGGAGUACAUAAGGACAGUAUCUAAGGGCCCUGUGGACGAGCUCCUGGCACAGAAGUGGAUCCUACAGACCACCCGUGCGAUUGCCUUCAUGCACACACGUGGCAUCGUGCACCGGGACGUCAAGUGCGAGAACUUGCUGCUGGACGCCAACAACAACAUCAAGCUGAGCGACUUUGGCUUCUGCCGCCUCAUGAAUGUUCUGCAUCUCAGUCAGACCUACUGCGGCUCGGCGGCCUACGCGGCACCGGAGAUCAUCCGCUCGCAGCCCUACUGCCCGUUCCUGAGCGACGUCUGGGCACUCGGGGUGGUGUCCUAUAUCAUGGUGACUGGCUACAUGCCGUUCGGGGAUGAUGUCCGUAACGUGGCUAAGAUCCUUGAGGCACAGCAGCGCGGGGUUCACUUCCCCACCUCGGGGCCGGCUCUCAGUGAGGGAUGCAAAUCGAUGAUACGCGGUAUGCUUACCGUGGACCCCGGUCCCAGGCUAGACAUACAGCUAGCCUUGGCCCACCAGUGGUUCCGUGAUUCUGCACCCGAGGUUUAUGAUCGAGCUGCUGUGGAGUUGAUACGCAAAAUUGAAAUUGACGACGACGACGGCUGGUCUUAUUAAACAUCUU